AUUUCUCGGGAUCAAAGGAGCAGUUUUGGUCUUGUGUUUCCUUGCUCCUCAUUGACUCGCGUCGCCUCUCUCUCUCUCUCUUCUCUCAAUUCUGUAGCGCGCAUCCGGCGGCGAGGGGGCGGGCCCUCCGGCGGCCAUGGAAGGCAGCUCCAGCCACCUCUCCCCUCCGAAUCCGACGGCGUCCAAGCUCCUCUCCAACCUCCCCUCCCGCGGCCUCUUCUCCUCCACCGUCCUCUCCUCCAAUCCGGGUGGGAUGCGAGUUUACGUUUGUGAGCAUGACACUUCACCACCAGAGGGGCAAGUAAUAAAGACAAACCAACAAAAUAUACUGAUAAGAGCACUCACGAUCAGGAAACAGAGGGGAGAGCCUAGCUCGAGGACUGCAAAGGGUGUGGCAAUAGCUGAAGGUUCUAGGAAGAGAGCAUCUGAGAGACUUUUGGACAGUGGGACGUCAUCUAAGAGACCUGCUGGUCAAGCUGGUUCUCGACAAGAGGGUUCAAGCAAUCAUUUACUGGACAGGGACUUGCACAGUUUGACUGUGGAGAGGCUUCGUGCGCUUCUGAAGGAAAGGGGUCUUUCUACCAAAGGCAAGAAGGAUGACUUGAUCACGCGCUUAAAGGUGCAAUUGGCUAAGGAUCCCGUGGAGAAAGGUCGAGUAAAGCGCCCUUAUUGUACCGAACUUAUAGAAAGGAUGAGAAGGUUAAGUGGUUGUCAUAGUGGAUUGGAAUAUUGUAGGGGGCGGGACGGUGGGGAACCAAACUCACACUGACUUGAAGGGAGAGAGAGAGUUACUAGUUGGUGUGUUGAGCUAUACAGUUUGAUUAAUUGUGUUCUUGAUGGGUCUGUGCUGAACGUUCUAAAUUUGUUUUUUGGGGAAUGUGGGUUUUCUUAAAA